UACCCAUUGCCAUCUCACUAAUUCUUUCCUAUCAGUUCUAGCUCAGAACAGCUCGCCGAGAUGGAACGUCCUCAACAGAGCAACCCCUGCCCCAUUUGCACCGGCGGCAUGGCCGGCGGCGGCGGGCAGGCCAUCUUCACGGCGGAGUGCUCCCACACGUUCCACUUCCACUGCAUUUCCACCAGCGUCGCGCACGGCCGCCUCGUCUGCCCGCUCUGCAACGCGCAGUGGCGCGAGCUGCCGGUGUCACCGCCGUCGGCGGUGCCACCGACGCUACCGCGGCAGGCAUUUCCCCGCAUGGAGGCCAUGCACGGAUUUCAGCCGCCGCCGCCGCCGCUCCGCUCCGCGGACCCGGAGGUGUUCGACGACGACGACCAGGUGGACCCGCCUUGUGUCCACGACGGCCAGCGGCGCGAAGCAGCUGCCGUAUCCAGCGGACUUUUGGCCGUCAAGACGCACGCUGAGUACUCGGCGGUCGCCAGGGAUUCCUCUCACGACAACUUCGCCGUCCUCGUGCACGUCAAGGCUCCGGGGAUCGUCGACGGCGCGGCGGCGGCCAGCGAGGCGGCGGCGGCGCCACGCGCGCCUCUCGACCUCGUGACGGUGCUCGACGUGAGCGGAAGCAUGCACCGGGACAAGCUUGCCCUGGUGAAGCAGGCCAUGGGGUUCGUCAUCGACAGCCUCGGCCCCGACGACCGCCUCAGCGUCGUGUCCUUCUCCUCCGGGGCGCGCCGCGUGACCAGGCUCCUGCGCAUGUCGGCCAUCGGGAAGGGUGUCGCCGCGGAGGCCGUGGAGUCCCUCACAGCGGGCGGCAGCACAAACAUCGCCGAGGGGCUCCGGACGGCCGCCAAGGUGCUCGGCGAGCGCCGGUACCGGAACGCCGUCUCCAGCGUCAUACUCCUCUCUGACGGCCAGGACAACCACACCGUCCGGCGAACGCGGAGCAGUGUACCCAACUACGAGGCGCUGGUGCCGCCGUCCUUCGUGCCAGCCGGCACCGGCAACCGGUCGGCGCCCAUCCACACGUUUGGCUUCGGCCACAAGCACGACGCGGCGGCGAUGCACAUCAUCGCCGAGGCCACUGGCGGGACGUUCUCGUACAUCGAGAACGAGGCCGUCAUCCAGGACGCGUUCGCGCAGUGCAUCGCCGGGCUGCUCACCGUCGUGGUCCAGGAGGCGCGCGUUGCCAUCGCUUCCGAGCACCCUGGAGUCCGCAUCAGUUCGAUCAAGUCCGGGCGUUACGAGAGCCGCGUCGACGAGGAUGGCCGCUCCGCCUCGGUCGCCGUCGGCGAGCUCUAUGCGGACGAGGAGCGGCGCUUCUUGUUGUUCUUGUCCGUUCCAACCGCGGAAGCAACGGACGGUGAGAGUGAGACCCCCCUGAUCAGUGUUCGUUGCAGUUACCGAGAAGCGGCUGGUGGCGCGCACGUCGACGUGACGGCCGAGGACGCGGUGGUGGCGAGACCGGAGCACGCGGCGGACGCGGAACGGUCAGCGGAGGUGGAGCGGGAGCGCGUCCGCGUGGAGGCGAUCGAGGACAUCGCGGCGGCCAGGGCGGCGGCGGAGCGGGGCGCGCACCAGGAGGCGGCGGCGAUACUCGGGUACCGGCGGCGAGCCGUGGCGCGGUCGUCAGCGGCACGAGGCGGCGGCGACCCCACGAGCGCGGCGCUGGGGACCGAGCUGCGGCGCAUGUGCAAGCGCGUGGCGACCCGGGAGAGCUACAGGGGGUCGGGGCGCGCGUACGUGCUCGCCGGCCUGAGCUCGCACGAGCAGCAGCGCGCAACCUCGAGGCAGCUGCGCCCCCUGCGGCAGACCUUGGCGGGUGGCGAAGGUGGCGCCGGGGAGGCGAUGAACUCGGAGGUGACGGAGUUGAUGGAGUAUCUCGGUGGCGGUGGACCGGGCGGCGAUGCAGGGGCGUCCAGCGCGGCGGCGGCCGAAGGGCCGUCGGAGAAUGAGGCGGAGGGGACGGCGUCGUACCUGACGCCGGCCAUGCGCGCCAUGCUGUUGCGGUCGCGGAGGGCGCGGGAGGCGUCUGCUGAGCAGCAGCAGGAGCAGCAACCGAAAGCUGCAGAAGAAGCGGGCGGCUCUGAAUCCAAGGAACUGUGAGACAUGUACUAGUUGAGAAGAAGCGAUCGUGAGUGUUUGGAGUUUGGACUGGGAGUUUGUUUCUGUUCUGAAUAAACAAGAGGAAUUUGGGAGAUGAAUAACUACUGUACCGAGCCCAAUUCAGUGCCUCAAAUCUGAGCCCAAGUUUGAGAAGAGAAAAUACUAGGCUCUUAAAACAUGGGCUUUACAGGCCAGUAUCGAUUCUUGGUGGCC